CACCAAUUCUCAAGAUAUAACUGGUCACUUGUAAAGACAGUAGCUAUGGUGGAAUUUCUCUAAGUUUAUGUUUACCAUUUCAGUUGGAAAAGAAAUACACAUUUUAAAACACCCCAAAAUUCAUGAACUUUCAUUCCCAUUUUUACACUGAAGUGCCAAGGAUGAGAGCAUACUUUCCUAACACCAUUCCUACAUUACAGAGCACUACGAAUAAGAUCCAAACAACAACCUCAGCGCUGCAGCUUCUCCAAGGAAGAUCCUCCCUUUCCACAGGGUGAUCAGCAUCAAGAGAGACAAAACACUUCCAAGCAAUAUCCUGAUGGGAAUAACCAUCCAAAACAUCACAGGAAGCACAGCAAUGGUAAUUUGGCCGAAAAUGGCCAGUUGUGUCGACAGCUUUUACAGCAUCAUGUACCACCCUAACUGGAAUAGCAUGCUAUCCAGCUACUCCAGAAAGAGCUUUCAGAAGGAAGAGAGGGUGCCCACCACUCGCUCCUCCUUUGUUGUUGAAAACCUGACUCCCCUCACAACGUACAUCAUGUGUGUGACCUGCCAGUCCGCAAACCCCUCCAGCGACCAGUGCAGAGUUUUUAACACCCUGGAACGAGACCCAGCAUCGGCGAGCAACACCAAGAAAGAUCUGGCACUGGGCAUCUGGCUGACCAGCAGUGUCCUGCUCCUCAUCAUCGCUGCAGUCCUGCUCUACGGCUGCCUGCACCUCCUGUGCCGCAGGAGACACGAGCGUUUGCAAGAGCAGAACAGGACCUCCAAACAACAGCAUGGGGAGACGUGGACCAAAAGCGUGGCAUAUGCCUCAGAUGAGUUCAGCAGGCAGAGCCAGCAGACACAGGAUGCUGAGGAAAAGCAUCCAGGUGGCAUUCAGCUGGCCACAAUCAUAGAGAAUCCCUCAGUGUGCAAUGAGCCCACGAUGCCAUCUUCUAAAAGUCAGGAACGAGUCCCAGUAACAGGACAGCACUCAGCUAUAAAUUAGAAACAUUUCCGCCAGGAGAAGAUUUUUGCUACAUAAGGUACCCGAGCUGCUUCAAACACAUCACAUGCACUGUUGGUGCUCACAACAAGGAGCUCCGACUGCUGGCCACAGCACUCCUGGCUGUACCUCUGAUGCCACACCCCUGUCCAACAGCCUGUAUGCAAAGGUUCACAAAGUAUGCAAAGUGCCCUAGAAGUGAGCACUUCAGUCACCCUCUAUUAUUUAAAAAUGAGGCAUGUAGCAAGUAAUUGGUUUACUUUUCAAGGGGAUGUUUUUGUUGCUUUUCUUUAGUCUAAAAGAGCAAACAAAUAUAAAAAGUAAUCAAAAGUGACCAAAAGAAUUUUUGUUAACUAGCAUAAUAGAAUAAAAUUGAGUAGGAGUUUUCAGAUGGCAACCCAGACUGCUACACUAUAGGCAACUGGAACAUACACACAGAGUGCAGUGGUUUGCCAGUGUAAGGUUUACCCUGACAAUCCCAGUUGCUUCCCAAAACACACACUACAAGCAGUACUACACUCAGACAACACACUUCACUGCCUAGGGUG